UGAACGGAAAAUUACUAAAAGUUAUGGCUAUUGGAACGUGGGGAGGAAAAAUGAAAAUGUAAAACCAAAUAUGGGCCCAGUACUUAAGGGGUUAAGGUUCCAAUUCAAUGACACACCGACACGGGGUACAGAACAAUGACACAAUGACCCUUAAGGUAUAGAACAAUGACACACUGACACUUGGGCUACAGGACAAAGACACACUACACACUGACAACUAGGAUACAGGACAGUGACAUGCUGACAACUGGGAUACAGGACAGUGACAUGCUGACAACUAGGAUCAGGACAAUGACACACUGACAACUAGGAUACAGUACAAUGACACACUGACAACUAGGAUACAGGACAAUGACACACUGACAACUAGGAUACAGGACAGUGACAUGCUGACAACUAGGAUCCCGGACAGUGACAUGCUGACAACUAGGAUACAGGACAAUGACACACUGACAACUAGGAUACAGGACAAUGACAUGCUGACAACUAGGAGACAGGACAAUGACACACUGACAACUAGGAUACAGGACAGUGACAUGCUGACAACUAGGAUCCCGGACAGUGACAUGCUGACAACUAGGAUACAGGACAAUGACACACUGACAACUAGGAUACAGGACAGGGACAUGCUGACAACUAGGAUACAGGACAAUGACACACUGACAACUAGGAUACAGGACAGUGACAUGCUGACAACUAGGAUCCCGGACAGUGACAUGCUGACAACUAGGAGACAGGACAAUGACAUGCUGACAACUAGGAGACAGGACAAUGACAUGCUGACAACUACGAUACAGGAAUGUGACAUGCUGACAACUAGGAUACAGGACAGUGACAUGCUGACAACUACGAUACAGGACAGUGACAUGCUGACAACUAGGAGACAGGACAAUGACACACUGACAACUAGGAGACAGGACAAUGACACACUGACAACUAGGAGACAGGACAAUGACAUGCUGACAACUAGGAGACAGGACAAUGACAUGCUGACAACUAGGAUCCCGGACAGUGACACCCUGACAACUAGGAGACAGGACAAUGACACCCUGACAACUAGGAGACAGGACAGUGACAUGCUGACAACUAGGAUCCCGGACAGUGACAUGCUGACAACUAGGAUACAAGACAAUGACACAUUGACAACUAGGAUACAGGACAGUGACACCCUGACGAUUGGGGUCCCAGGACACUGUGAUUACAAUAUUUUGGGACCGUUCUUGGUCCGGUCUUAUAUUUACCUAUAUUACUACUUCUGUUAAUAUUCAAUAGUUUUAACAUUAGGUCCCUGACCAAUGGACACUGAGUAAAUAUUUAGGGGACAUCCUGCCACUGAUAAUGCAGUAGAACACAGGGUGGGGGUGGGUCCAUGUACCCAAUGACUGAGGAGCUAGGAGUGAAAAUUUCCCUGCUUGAGGUUUUCAUUCCGUUCAAUGGCGGGUUCAACCUGGCAUUUUAGCAGUCCGGUGUGUGAAUGGGAGCUUAUCACGUCAAUUCAUGUACGUCCUGUCAUUGCUGCAGGGAUUUCAGCAGUGUCACUGUGCAUUAUAGGAAAAUCACAGUGCCAAUCUUGGUUUGGCUAUUUGUACCGCGUAAUCACUUUAUGAGCUCAAAUCACUUGGCAAACACUGAAUGUUUCCUUAGUUAACCCCGAAUAAACUGUGAUAUUACGUGCCAGAUAAUUAUUUACUUACAAGUAUAACACCUGGCGGUCCAGUACAUACCUGACCAUAGCCAGUUCUGCCGAUUGUGCUUCUGCAGUGGACCGGGUCGCAGGGGCAACACGUGAGGCUACGGUGGGCCGAUGGGGGUAGUAGUAGUUUUUGGUACU